CUUUUAUUCUUCCCCUAUCCCGAAUUUGAGCCUCACUUGCCCCUGAACUUCCGCUGUUGUCGUUCUUCAGCAAUCUCGCAUCAACAAAAUGGUUCGCGACGUGCUGCGUUGUUACUAGGUACCCUGGACACUGUCCCGCCCAAUGCACGUGCAUGGUCAUGUGCUCUCAAUUCUCACUUUCCGCCCCCGCCACCACAUAAAUCAUAAGUUCAGCCCCCUGCCAAAGUCAAAGCUUCCAUGGCUUGAUGUGAAGCCGUAAAGCACAAAACAACAGUCUCGCAAACACAUCAACUUCUCAAGUACCGAGUACAGCUGGUCAAGUCGUGUCCGCUAUCCACAAUGUCAUGACUUUAGGACAUGGACGGCGACCUUGGUGAAUGGAAGUGGGUGAAAGUUGAAGCCUCCCUCCCAUCACCCACCACCCAUCACCAUGAAUCCGUUCCCCCAGGACCAACAGACCUUCCCAUCCAUGGCUGACGGGACUGCCGAUUCGGAGCUGUUCGCUUUUACCAAUUCGAAACAUGGCGCCCUACAUCAGAUCACCUGGGGUCCCAAUCUCCAGAUUCUCCACCGUCUUAACGGGUCCUCUGACUCCUCCCGUUCCCUCUCAUCACCUCGACCUCAGCAUCGGUCCCCUGGUUUCGUCCCCAGCACCGACUCGCAGUUGGCCAGCAUCAACGUCGACUACGUCGCUAUCGCCCAAGCCGCUAUCGCCGUCUUCCUCCUUCUGGCCGUUAUUCUACGGCCCAUCUGCCCUCCAGCCCCUCAGUGGUGUAGUCCUUUUGCCAAGGAAGAAGUGGAAGAAGCACAAGACCAAGAAGAAGAGGACGACUCCGACGACUCUGGCCCUGGAUCACGCCGCUGGACCGUUCGGACUUUUUGGAUCGUCCAUCUGGCAGUCGUUGCCAUUGUCGGUCUCGCAGUCAGCCUGACUUCCGUCCUGCUACCGCCUCAGGACCCCAUCAAGCUGAUCCACUUGAUCCCAUGGCUCAUUGCUGCCCUCAUCACCGCCGUUCAGCGCCCGACAAAGACCCCCAAGACUCUCUUGGCUCUUUACACCAACGUCUUUGCCUGCCACCUGGCUCUCCUCGAGGCCUCUAGGAGGGCCCUCGAGCCUCUGGACCCGCUUACCGUCGUCCGUACCAUCCUCUCCUUUGCUGCCCUAGUCGCCGUCCUCCUGAUGCCCAUGAGAGACCCGAAUCUCCCGGCGAAAGGAAUCGCACAUGCAGCCGAUGUGCCCACGCGGGACUGCCGAAGCCCUGAAGACAACUUGAGUCUGUGGCAAUUCAUGACCGUCUCCUGGAUGAGUCCGCUGAUCGCUCGGGGUACCAAGACGCAGCUGCACGACGAGGAUGUCUGGCAGCUGCCCUACGAAUUCCAGCACAGCAGGCUGCACAUGCUCUUUCGGGAUUUGCAGGGUACGGUGAUGAAAAGGCUUUUCCUGGCUAACGGCCUGGACCUUGUCACCAUCUGUCACCUCGGCCUUCUCGAGUCGGCUGCCAACUUGUCCGUCCCUCUGUUGUUGAAAAGGCUUCUCCAGUCCAUCCAGGCCGGGCCCCAUCACACGGAAGCCUCGCUCCUCUUCGCCGCAGCCAUCCUUGCCGCGCGUCUCGUUGCUUGCCAGUCAUCCGUCUUUACCCUCUGGUUCUCUCGACGGUGCUAUGAGCGAUCUCGCGGCGAGAUGAUCACGACCAUUUACGCCAAGACCCUCUCCCGCAAAUCUUUCGGACAACAACCCCCGCCCAACCAUCCGUCCACCACCACCACCACCACCGCCCCAGAAAAGGCGUCGCAGCAGCCCGCAACGACCGGCAAGAUCCUCAACCUCAUGCGCAGCGACGUGUACGAAGUCGCCCAGCGAUUCUGGGAUUUCCCCCAGCUCGUCACCCGGCCCCUCCAGUUCGUCUUGUCCUUCGCUCUCGUCUGGCAGCUCCUCGGCUGGCCCUGCCUCCUCGGCCUCGCCUGCGUCACCCUCGCCCAGGCCCUGCACGGGCUCGUCAUCCGACGGCUCAUCGCGUCGGAACGUCUCCGCAGGAUCGCCACCGACGACCGCCUGCAGGCCACCUCGCAGUUCGUCGAAGGGAUCCGCCACCUCCGCUGGUACGACUGGCAGUCCAAGUGGCUCGACCGCAUCGCCGGCACCAGGCAGCGCGAGCUCGACCAGCGAAUCGUCACGGGCCUCUGGCGAGUCGCCAUCUCCACCGUCAACGUCGCUUCGGCCACCUUGUUCCCCGUCGCCACCUUCUUCGCCUACACUUUCAUCGCGGGCCGAACUCUCCGGGUCGAAGUGGCGUUCCCUGCUCUCCAACUCUUCACCAUGCUCGAAUCCAGCUUCAAGGAACUGCCCAAUCUGAUCACCGUUCUGUUGAAUGCGUCGGUCGCCAUGGACCGGAUCGAACAGUUCAUGACGGAGCCCGACAAGGACGAACCUGCAACGGACGGAUCGGGCCAGGCGGCGAGGACCCCCGGCAUCGAAUUCAGGAACGCCUGGUACAAGUGGCCUGGCACAGAUGUUCCGGUACUGCGAGACCUCUGCCUCGAUUUUCCCCCUGGCCUCAGCGUCGUAUUCGGAAAAGUCGGAUCCGGCAAGUCGGCCCUGCUCCAAGCCAUGCUAGGGGAACUCGACCACGUCAGGGGCGAUGCCUCCCUGCCGAACGAUGCGGUGGGCUACUGCGCCCAGCUCCCUUGGCUUCAGCACAUGAGCAUCCGAGACAACAUUCUUUUCUCGGCGCCCUACGACCCGGGCCGGUACGCACGCGUCCUCGACGCCUGCGCGCUUCGGCCCGACCUGGCCAGCUUCAAGCACGGGGACCUGUCGGACAUGGGGGAGAACGGGAUAGGCCUGUCGGGCGGACAAAGGGCACGCGUCGCCCUCGCCAGGGCCGUGUACAGCUACUCGCGCGUCUUGUUGCUCGAUGAUCCCCUCGCGGCCCUGGACCACAACACGGCCGAGUCGAUCGUCCAGAAGCUUUUCAGGGGUCCUCUGGUCGAGGGUCGUACGGUUGUCCUUGUUACGCAUCGGGUCGAUCUGUGUCUUCACCUGGCGAAUCGGUUGGUCGAGUUGGAAGACGGCUGGGCUCGCGUCCUCGAUUCCGACGAGGCGUCCAGGGAGGUGGCCAAGUUUCUACGACGGGAGGAACGAGAAGAAGUUGCUGCUGCUGCUGCUGCUCCUGCUGCUUCGACCGCCCACGACGAUCAACGGCCAUCGGGACUGGAUGACAACCAAGAGGAGGAGGAGGAGGAGGAGGAGAAAACGGUGCCUGACAAAUUCAUCGAGGAGGAGCACCGCCGCGACGGUGGGGUCAUGCUCUCCGUCUACUGGACGUACAUCAAGGCCGGAAAGCUGAGGUGGUGGGCGGCUUUGAUCGUUGUCUUCGGUCUCUACCGUUUCGGCAGUCUUCUCAACUACUGGUUCCUCAAGGCAUGGGGCGAAGCCUAUCGACCAACAACUGCGUCGGCAUCCGCGUAUGCCUCUCCCUCGGGCUCCUUUGUCGGCCAUCUGUUUGACCGGCUCCCCAACCCCGAGAGCGAUCUCCGGCCGUGGCUCCUCACAUACCUCGGCAUCGCGCUCGGCCAGACGCUCGUCUUCGCAACGUCGGAGGGACUCCUCCUCGUCAUGGUGUACCAAGCGGCGAAGCACCUCUUCAUGCGCGUCAUCGACCGCGUGAGCUCGGCGACGUUCCGGUUCUACGACGUCACCCCCGUCGGGCGGCUGAUGAACCGGCUCGUCUCGGACAUUGGCAUGAUCGACGGCGGCAUCAUGGGACCGCUUCAACAGGUGGCCUGGUGGGGUCUCGCGUGGUUAUCGAGCAUGGUCGUCAUCGCCUCGGUCACGCCGGCGUUUCUGCUAUUCUCCACCGCCAUGACCGUCUGGUUCGUCUACAUCUUCACGCGGUUCCUCCCCACGUCGCAAAGCCUACGGCGACUCGAGAUGGUCUCGCUGAGCCCCCUCAUGUCGAAUUUCGGGAUCCUCCUCGACGGCCUGGCGACGAUCCGGGCGUUCAAGGCGCAACCGCACUUCCAGGACCGGAACAUCGCCGUCACGGACGCGUUCCAGAAGAUGGACCAUUUCUACUGGAGCCUCCAGGCCUGGCUGAUGUACCGCUUCGACGCGCUCUCGGCGUUUUCGACGUUCGCCCUCACCCUCCUCGCCCUGUACGAGGGCUUGUCGCCGGGCCUGACGGCUUUCGUGCUGACGACGGCGUCGCAGUUCGUCGAGGCGACGCACAACCUCUGCAAGCAGUACGGGACCCUGCAGAUGGACUUUGUGUCGGUGGAGCGCGUCAUCGAGCUGCUCUCCCUACCCCGGGAACCGCAGGGCGACGUGACCCCGCCGGCGACCUGGCCGACGAAGGAAGACGACAUUGUGUUCGACAACGUCACGCUGCGGUACGCGGAGCACCUGGACCCGUCCCUCGCCGAGGCGUCCUUCCGGAUCCCGGGCGGUUCGACGUGCGCCGUGCUCGGGCGGACGGGAUCGGGGAAAUCGACGCUGGCGCUGUCCCUCCUCGCCGCGGUGCAUCCGUCGCGAACGCGACGUGAAGGCAGCAUCCGCGUCGGCGGCGUGAGGCUCUCGGAGGUGAACGUGCACGCCUGGCGGCAGCGCGUCAGCUUCGUGGCGCAGGACCCGGUGCUCUUCCCCGGCACGCUGAGGGAGAACCUCGACCCGCUCGGGCACUUUGCGGACGAGGAGUGCGCGGCGGUGCUGCGGCGCGUGCUGGGCGCUGGGUGGGAGCUGGGUGCGCGGGUCGACGGCGGGGGGCGGAACCUCAGCCAGGGCCAGCGGCAGCUCGUGGGGAUCGGGAGGGCGGUGUUGAGGCGGAGUCCGGUGGUGGUGCUGGAUGAGGCGACGGCGUCGAUUGACAAGGAGACGGCGGCUCGGGUGCAGGAGGUGUUGAGGGAGGAGUUGCGGACGAGCACGGUGGUUACGAUUGCGCAUCGGCUGGAGGCGGUGAGGGGGGCGGAUUACUACUUGAGGCUGGAUGGUGGGCGGGUUGUCGAGCAGGGUCCGGCGGAGAACCUGGGCUGUUUGUGAUAUUCAUCCCGAGGCUCCUGUAGCUUGCCUGGCUUUGGCCCGCAGC